CAACAACAGUGGUAAACGCCAUUUUUCAUCGUUCAUACUUAAGAUGGCCCACAAUCCUACUGUCGCUGAGCGUAAGACCAAGUUUCUCCGCACCCAGGACCGCUUUCUUUCCCGCCGUAUUACGCCGAGUGAGAAAGCGAUCGAUGUCGCGAGACAAGCAGGUAUUCACGAUGGAGUGUUUAGAGAUGUUAUGACCAAAGUCAACCAAAAUCUGAAACGUCAUUCGAGGAUCGUGCACAACCUACAAGCUAUCAAUAGCAUUGUUCAGCAGAUAGAUGAUCUGUAUUGGAGCAGCGGCGCUGCGAGCCUCGACGAUGAUGCCGAAACUGCUACCGAUGCGGGAGGCGAGGAUAGUAACACUUUGUAUCAGGGAGAUGAUUUGACUGUGGACAAGAACAUCUCCAAGCUUCCUCCGAUAUGGGACACAUCUGCGGACCAUCUGGCUUCUGUUGGGAAUGAGGAUCAAAACGCGGGUCAGGAUGACUAUAUUGCCGUUGUAACCCGCCUUCAAGAUCUAUCUGCGAAACGUCUGACCAUACAGCAAAAACUCAACACCUACCGAGCCCUUCUCUCGCUUCUAGAUCCAUAUCGCAGCCCCCAGGAGAACGUGCAGCCAAACAUAGCCACCCAGAAAGGACCGCUGGUUCCAGAAUUAAUGAAGACCCGAACAUUCGCAAUUCGAGUAGCUGGAAGAAUCAGUGAGAGGUUUGGAGAUGUGCAAGUUUCUGCUACGGCAGAAGAAGAUGACGGUUCGGGUGUGGUUAUGGGUGAAGAUGACGGAAAGACCAAACUAGAAAAUAUUCUGUCCGGGUGGUAAGAGGUCAUAGACAGGGAUCAUAGCAUAAGGGGCUAUUUCAGGUACCUGCCUGGUGUUGCCAUUGCACAGGUUAGGCAU